AUGGCCUCUCCAUCGCUUUUCCCCACGUUUCAACGGCUCUCUCCUAUUAUAUACCUCUACACUCCCACCAGGUCCCCCAACCCAGACCCUGCGUCGCCCGACCUCAUCAUCCUCGCGACAUGGAUGGGCGCCCCUCCCAAACUCAUCAACCUCUACGUCACAUCAUACAAGCAGCUCCUCCCCACCUCGCGCAUCCUCCUCCUCACGUCCAAGAUGUCGGAUAUCUUCGUCACUCCCACGUCUACCUACCAGUCCUUCCUCCUCCCCGCGCUUCCCCUCCUGCAAGCCACCACCGGUAAGAUCGUCGGUGCUGUCUACUCCAACGGCGGUGCGUUCGGCCUCACCAACCUCGCCAGAUUGUACGCGGCGCAUACGGGUCGCCCCUUACCGCUCGAUGGACUCCUGCUCGACUCUGCACCAGGAUCGGCCGCGGACCUCGUCUCCGGCCAGCGAGCUAUACUGGCUUCCAUCCCUCCCUUCCUCCGUCGCGCUCCCGCUCGCGUGUUCGUCAUCUUCACCAUCCAGCUCUUCUUCGUCCUCUAUCGGAUCAUGCUGCGAUGGACGGGACGGGUGGAUCCGAUCACAUCUAUCCGGGCGGAUUUGCUGGAUGGUCGCUUACUACGGAGGGGAGGGAUGAGGGCGUACAUUUUCAGCGAGGAGGAUGUGAUGGUGCCAGCAGGGGCGGUGGUGCAACACGCGCAAGAGAGUGAGAGGGCAGGAUGGACGGUGAGGCGGGAAUUGUGGAAGGGGAGUGGGCAUGUUGCGCAUGCUAGGGCGGAUAAGGAGCGGUACUGGGCGGUGGUGAGGAACACCCUGGGUAGCUAG